CGCCGGGCGCGCCUCGUCGCGAUGAGCCAGUGAUGACCGCGAAGAGCAAGCGAGCGCCAGCGGAGCCCCGCAGAGCCAACAAGCCCCUCAUGGAGAAGAGACGGCGCGCGCGCAUCAACCAGAGCUUGGCCGCUCUCAAGGCCCUCAUUCUCGAUACUGCAAAACAAGACAACGCCAAACACUCAAAACUUGAAAAAGCGGACAUCCUAGAGUUAACCGUUCGCCACUUCCAAAGACAUCGAAGUCUCGAUCAACCAGGAGUUCAUCGUUACAGAGCCGGUUACGCAGAUUGCGUGAAAGAAGUUCAAAGAUACUUGGAAACUCCGGAUGCUCACACGAUGACCGUUGUGGAUGCGGGUGUUCGCCAAAGGUUGCUGAGGCAUUUAGAUAAUUGUAUAUCCGAAGUUGAUACUGACAUAAGAACACCUUCAUUACCACCACCGGCUUCUUCAGUCGAAGAACGACUUCAACCUCCAGAUUCUUCUUCUUCCUCUCUAGAAGAAGUUAAUAACAAUGCUGAUUCCAAAUUUCCCCCAGGAAAAAUGGUGAAAAACUACGACGGAAACUUCGUAUUCGUACUUCCUUCACAUUAUCUUCAACUUGCGACUGCGUUGGGGAUUAAUCUUCGGCCUCCAGAAACAACGGUUCCACCUAUAAUUACUGUUAAAGAAGAGAAAGUUGAGCUUGAGGAUCAUCCUCAACACCAUUUGGUAAUGCGACCAGAUUUGGUUGUGGAACCGAAAUGCGAGAGGCCAUUGGACUACAGCAGGAACAACGAUGGGUGUGACAACAUGUGGAGGCCGUGGUAAGAAGAUGUUGGGAAGGGGUCAGUGCGCCUUUAACGGACGCUAUGUUGUGAAGAAAUUUCUAGUCGUUCCUUCUGCACUUUCGCUGCGGUCGGAAUCUGUACAUGGUUGUAUAUAAUUGUAGAUCUUAAUAUGUAUGGAGAUGUGUAUAUCGAUCAAUAAAAUAAAUGUUGUAAAAGAA